UAUCGCCACGAAGUGCACAUACCGCCAACAUGGUACCUCAUUACCUUCUAAUCCUCACCUUGGCUGCAGCAGCAACUGCAAGAACAGCAUCCACCAAUCAGAACACAAUAGACGAAGGCCGAAGUUCAGAGGACAAUGUAUUAGGAGAUCUUAAAAUUGCAUAUGAAACAUACAAAGACUGCAGUGGGAGCGAGAUAGCGAAUUGUUUGAAGAGAAAAUUGGCAAAGGCACUAACUAGAUUAGCUAAAAGUGAUGAACUCACUUUACUAAGUGGAGUUACAGUAGUUAGAGAUAAGGAUGCUAAAGUUGAAGAAGCGAAAAUCGAAGAAGCGGUCCCGAGAGGACUUGAUGAAGGGUCCCUGGAUAACUUAAUAUUGGACAAAAUUGUUGGAUUCAUGAGGACACAUACUUUCCAGGUCAAAUUCCCUAGCAGCUCAGACGUAGAGGAAGGUCGUGGAAGGAGGAAGAAACUCGCACCACUCCUGGCGAUUCCUCUCCUCAUCGGCGGUAUGCUGGUGCCUCUCGCAUUUGGGGCUCUAGCUCUGCUUGCUGGCAAGGCAUUGAUUGUGUCCAAACUUGCCCUGGUGUUGGCAGGUAUCAUCGGGCUGAAGAAACUCCUCAGUCCAAGUGGAGGUGGGGAGGCGCACGAAGUUGUUGUCUCGUCCGGUGGCCAUGGAGGUGCUGGAUGGAGCAGAUCACUCGAGAAGGCUCAAGACUUGGCGUACAAAGCAUACGCUCACUAGAUUAACAAACCCACCGAAAUACGUUAACUAUUUGAAUGUUAAGGAACAACCAUUAAGUUUCACCUAACUACAUAUCAAGACGUAUAAUAUAAUAUAAUUAUUUAUAAAUGGUAACGUGCCCUCCGGUUACUAAGUAAAGUUUUGUCUUAAGACAUUGCUCUAGAAAUUUUAAAUGCAUGUUUGAUAAUUAUUCGAAAUCCAGAUAUAGUUAUGGUGUGUCAGAUUUGAUUUUUUUUAUAUAAUUUAUUAAUAUUUAUUGAGAUCAGACUUUUGAACUCUCAGUAUUACGGAUUUGUCAGAUUUCUGAUCAAUCGUAGUGGGUUAGAGAUAAAGAACGACAAUGGCAUAAAUGUAUGGACUAACGAUUUGUAUGUAAGCUAGAUGAGUUAGAGUAUAUGAACUGUAUUACUCUAAGCAUUUUAGUAAAUACCUCAAUACUCUUAAAUACGGAAAUGGACGCUUCGCAAUGUAAAUUAUUAUUUAAUCUAAUUUAUUAAUUAUACCAGCAGUAUAUAAAAUAAGUGUGUACAAUGAGCCUUUGGAAUUUGCUUUAAUUUAUUUACAUUAUAUACUACACAUAAAAUAUAUACUUAUGCGACUCAUUAUAUUUUAAUAGAAAUUUAUUAUUUAAUUUUGAUAUUACAAAUAUUUUUUUCAAUUAUUAUAUGUAUUUUUUUUAUAUUUAAACAAAAAAUAUUGUUUAUAAAAAUAUAUCGAAUAUAUUUUUAUUUAUUUAAAUAUGAUGUGUACAAAAUGGGAUUUAUAUUUAAGGUUAUAUUUUAUUAUAUUUGGGGAUCAUACUAAUUUUAUUUAUAUAUUUUUUGAAUUUAUAUAUCUAUUUACAUUACAGAAAAAAAUAUGUUUAUAAAUAUAAAAUAAUACAAAGUAUACAUUUAAUUAAAAUAUAUAUAAAUGGAGGUUGUAUGUGUGUAUGUAUGCAAAUAAAACACAUUUAUAAUAUCUUGUACAUAUGUAAAUAAAAUAUUGCAUUUAUAUAAUAUAUUAUCGUUUUAUAUCGAAGGCGUUGAAUAACCAAAUAUUAUUAUAAUUAUUUUUAUUAAGUUGUUAACUUAUCGAUCUCAUAUUUAUUUAUCAUUUU